AUGCCAAAAACUUUAUCUCGCCCUAAAAAACGUCAUCCACCAUCAACUCAUAACAUCAACAUUCAUGAACUCGUCACAAGCAUAAAUGUACCAUUUCCACCAAAAAUAACGAUUAAGGACCUACUUGCGAAAGUCACAUCCCACGAUAAUAAACCUGGGAGAACACCUAAUGCAUUUAUAUCUUACAAGAUGGUACUUCAUCGCGCACUUAAAUCGCAAGGCUGUAAUUACCCAAUUUCGGUUAUUUCAAAGAUAGCAAGUUUAAAAUGGAAUUAUUAUGAACCGAACCAUGUUAAAAGCCAUUAUGUAAAGUUGGCAGAUGAAGCUAAACAAGAUCACAAAAAAUCAGGUCCAUUUUUUAUUAUGGCUCCAGAUUGCAAAAGUAAAAAAGAGACUAAUCCUAAAAAAGAAAUCUUUGAAGUUGAGAGUGAUAGUUGCAACGCGAGUAUUCAUUUGAAUAAUGGAGAACAAGGAUCUUACAGUGAUCAACCUUUUGAACAGCAAACAAUGGAUUUUUUAAACGGGUUUUCUGCUUUUUCUGCUCCAUCCGUUUUAAAUGAGUCUUCUACAUUCUUAAAUGAAUCUUCUGAAUUUUUGGAUGAGUCUUCUGCAUCCUUAAAUGAACAUUCUACAUUUUUAGAUGAGUCUUCUGCACCCUUAACACCAAUUUCGAACGACUUUUUACAAAAUCCUAAUUUAUAUUGGGCAUAUUUCAUAAAUAACGGUUGUUUUUAUAUUUAUCCAUAUCCAUUCUACAUUAUAGACAAUACUUGUGAUCCGAAUUGA